UGUGAAAGUCCUUUUCCUUACCAAAUCACAUUACGCCAUCAUCCCCUCUUAAGGUCCAACAAAUUAUCGCAUCUUCCUCUCCUAACGAAAACACAAAUACAUAAAAUAGUAGCUAAUAAUUUCAGGUCCCAGAUAUGCAUGGCGUUGAAAUCUUCAAUUCUCUCUAAGAGAAACACUUUAAUGAUUCUUUGUGCAAAGAAUCCCAAUUGUUUUAAGGUAAUGGGAAAUACUGUCAAGUUCGAGGGUGUAAGCGAGGAGGUGCAGAAGAUUCUGGAUGCUGACAUGGAACAGGUGGGGCCCAGGCGCGAAGCCCGUGAGGCCUUCAAGGACAUUCAGCUGUCUAUUGAUCAUAUUCUGUUCAAGAUGCCACAUGAAGGAUUGAAGAUGACAGAGUCUUAUGAAGUAAAUUCUAGGGGUUUGGAGAUUUUCACGAAAAGUUGGCUUCCGGAAAGCAGUUCUUUGAAAGGAAUCAUUUGUCUUUGUCACGGCAUUGCCAGAAAACUAGCGACUUCUGGUUAUGGAGUUUUUGCGAUAGACUUCCCAGGAUUUGGUCUGUCUGAAGGUUUGCAUGGAUAUAUUCCAAAUUUUGAUAAUGUAGUUGAUGAUGCUAUCGAGCACUUUUCGAAAGUGAAAGAAAACCCGGACCUCAGUAAGUUGCCGAGUUUUCUGUUCGGAGAAUCCAUGGGAGGAGCAGCAGCUCUCAAAAUCCACCUCAAACAACCAGAUUCUUGGAAUGGUGCCAUUCUUGUUGCACCUAUGUGCAAGAUAGCGGAUGAUAUGGUUCCCCCGAGGUUAGUGACCCAAAUUCUAAUUGGAUUGGCGAAAGUACUUCCAAAAUCAAAACUCGUUCCCCUAAAAGAUUUUGCUGAGUUGGCAUUCAGAGACAUGAAGAAGAGAGAACAGACAUCCUAUAACGUUAUAGCGUACAAGCACAAACCACGCUUGGGGACAGCUGUGGAGCUAUUGAGGACCACAAAAGAUAUUGAGCAGAAACUAGAAAAGGUUUCUCUGCCACUAUUGAUCUUGCACGGCAAAGAAGACAAAGUGACGGACCCAUCAGUGAGCAAGGCAUUGUACGAGAAGGCGAGUAGCCGAGACAAGAAACUUAUCCUCUAUGAAGGUUCUUAUCAUGCGCUUCUCGAGGGGGAGCCAGACGAGGUUAUACUCAAGCUCCUGUUGGCCACCGCUUACGUUGCCAUCUGGUCCGGCGUCUUGAGCUUCAUCGCCGCCGUCCAACUAUGUGACAGUGGGCUAGGGGGCCAUAGGAUUAGUGGCACCCGCUUGGUGUUCAGGUAUGGUUUUAUCAGUGCCCGAUUGAGCAUACUAGACACUUCAUGUAAGAAUGUCCCAAGCCUAGGAAUUAAGACUUCCCUUAGAAGCAAAAACACUCAACUAUUUGGGCAGACAUUCCUCGGAGGAUCCGGAACUUUCCUUAGAACGAGUCUCGUGAAAAGUACUCACAGCAGAAAAAGCUCGGCAGUAUAUGCUUCAUGGAUGUCGAAUUCCGAGAUUGCUAGUGGUGCUUUUACAUUGGGCACGGCAGCUGUUCUUCCCAUUUAUACCUUCAUGGUUUUAGCACCUAAAGCUGAGUUUACGAAGAAAGUUGUGGCAAGCAGUACACCAUUUGCAGUUCUUGGAGUACUAUACGGUUAUCUAUUAUAUCUAUCAUGGACACCUGAUACAAUUCGCCUAAUGUUUGCAAGCAAAUACUGGCUGCCAGAGCUGCCAGGUAUAGCUAAGAUGUUCUCUAACGAGAUGACAUUAGCUUCAGCUUGGAUUCAUUUAUUGGCUGUUGAUCUUUUCGCAGCAAGGCAGGUAUAUCAUGAUGGAUUAAAGGACAACAUAGAGACCCGUCAUUCGGUUUCCCUUUGCCUCCUUUUUUGCCCGGUUGGAAUUCUUGUUCAUUUCAUUACAAAAGCCGUAACCCAACACAGAGAGCACAAGAAUUCACUGACGAGAUAACAGUAUUGAGUGACACACUCAAAGACUGAUAGAUAGCACACUUUACAGCAUUAUCAACUCUUUGUCAACUCAAAAGAAAACUAUGUAUACAAAAUGUGAUGAUGUGUGGUGCCUUUUUUUCUUGAUCAUCGAUCUUUAUCAAAUUUCUUGUAGUCGGCUUACUUGGCUAGCACAAUAGGCUCGUGCACGACUCGAGAAGUUGCAUGGCCCGAGUUUACGAAGAAAUUCGCGUGCUUUUCUGA